UAUUAUUUUAUAAAAAAAAAAAUAAAUAAAAAUAAAAAAAUAAAAAAAAAAACACAUUAAUUGGCAAAAACUAAACAAGAAGACAAGGACACACGAACCGUUGAUCUAAACUUGACAACGACGACCAAAAAUUGUUUAUGAAGAAAAUGACUUAACUCCUCUCGCAAUAAAAACGACCAAACCUUGUAAUUCCUGGAUUUAGCAGUUGAAAACGUUAAUAUACCUCAUCAGAAAUUUCCUAGUAAAUAUACCAUAUGAUAUUCUGAUGAAAAAGGAAGAAAUGCUCAUAAAAAUCUCAUCUUUAAUGGUCUGGGUUUAAUUCUUCUUUAAAUGAAGUGAUAGGUAGAGUUAAUGCAAGCUUUUUUUUCACUUGGUUCGACUGAGAAGUAAAAGCAAAUAAGUGGGUUCGUCUUGGUUAAUGGAUUUGGGUCAAUGAUGGAGCUUGGGUCAGAUUUUGCCGGUCACUGUGUCUGUGAGUGCUGCGCUGUGGUGAGUGACAGUAGCGUACCGUUCAUUCUUCUACAUUUUUAUGGUGCUUUCAUCUGUGAAAGCGGUUGAUGGGUCUUCUUCUACGCAACUACAACACUCUUGUUUAUUAUUUUUUUUCAUUUUUUAAGAAGAAGGAGUUGAUGCUUAGCAGGAAAUACUAGGGAACAAAAUGUCGGUGAGGAGCAGAGGAGGGGUUACCGGUGAUUUAGCUAAAAGAAAUGUUAUGAGAAGGAAUUGGGCUCUUUUGCUUUGCUUUGGCAGCUUUUGUGCAGGAAUGUUCUUCACCAAUAGUUGUAGCAGGAUGUGGAUUAUGCCUGAAAUUGGAAAUACCUCAAGAACAUCUGAAACGAGCAAUAAACAGUUAGACAUAGAAUCCAAGGGUUGUAGUUCGAAAGUUGUUGUGAAGAAUGCAUCCACUGAUGGUCUACAAGAGUUGGCCGAUACUCAACAGGUCAUUCGGAUGAUAAAUAAGACAGUUUCAGAUUUGGAGAUGAAGUUAGCAGCUGCAAGGGCAGCCCGCGAGACUGUACAUAAUGAAAAUUCUGUAUCUGGAAAUUUGAAGACUGUUGAAUCUACCUCAAAAAGAAAGUACUCAAUGGUUAUAGGAAUCAAUACAGCAUUUAGUAGCCGGAAGAGAAGAGAUUCGGUUCGUAUGACUUGGAUGCCUCAAGGCGAGAAAAGAAAGAAGUUGGAAGAAGAGAAGGGCAUAGUGAUACGCUUUGUUAUAGGUCACAGUUCAACAUCUGGGGGUAUUCUUGAUAAAGCUAUUGAAGCUGAGGAGCUUAUGCAGGGAGACUUCAUGAGGCUGAAUCAUGUUGAGGGUUACAUGGAGUUAUCAGCCAAGACAAAAACCUUUUUUUCCACCGCUGUGGCUAUGUGGGAUGCAGAAUUUUAUGUCAAAGUUGAUGAUGAUGUUCAUGUUAAUAUAGCCACACUUGGGGCAACACUAUCUAGGUAUCGUACGAAAUCUCGAGUUUAUGUUGGUUGUAUGAAGUCUGGUCCAGUCCUGGCUCGAAAGGGGGUGAGGUACCAUGAACCCGAGUAUUGGAAAUUCGGUACAGCAGGGAACAAAUAUUUCCGGCAUGCUACAGGACAAUUAUAUGCUAUCUCAAAAGAGUUAGCCACAUAUAUAUCAAUAAACCAAGAUCUGCUGCACAAAUAUGCCAAUGAAGAUGUUUCAACAGGAUCUUGGUUUAUUGGAUUAGAUGUUGAUUAUAUUGAUGACAGGAGACUUUGUUGCGGCACCCCACCAGAUUGUGAGUGGAAGGCUCAGGCAGGCAACAUCUGCGUUGCUUCAUUUGAUUGGCGAUGCAGUGGGAUUUGCAAUUCUGUUGAGCGGAUGGCAGAAGUUCAUCGACGAUGUGGUGAGGACGAGCAUGCUCUAUGGAGUGCGAGUUCCUGAGGGUAACAGGUAGCUGCUGUUUCAUAUUCAGGAAAGGAUACAGAGAAACCCGGGGAAACUAUUCUCGGUGUAGAUAAGUACAGAAAGUUAUGUAAGAGAAAAUAUUGCUGGUUGGAUUUGAGGGGCCUAUCUGCAUUUUCUUCUGAGCAGAUCAAAACCCCCUAAAGGCAUCAAGAUGGUAUAUACAUUUGACACUAUUCUUUAUUGGUGGAGAGCUAAUUUUUGCAAGUUUUCCAAUCCAUUUUAUUUGUGGGCAGCCUUUACUUAAUAAAAUUAGUAGAUAUAGAUAUGCUUAAGUUCUUUCUUCCAUUAUUUAUUUAUAGUUUUAAUACAUUAAAGUAAAAGAAACACUUUUGGGAAGAAUUAUAAUUGUUUUAUAAUUUAAGUAUAGCUCCAAUAAUGAGUCAAUCUCAAGUCUCUUCAAA